AUGCUAAAUCCUAACGCCAUUGAGUUCAAACCACGUCCAGCUACUACGACGACUACGACUACUACGGAGCAACAACAACAACAACAACAACCAAAAGCCGAUUCGAGCCAUUCUUCACGUCGUUCAAGUAAAGCAACCACGCAUGGAAAGCGUCCCACCCAAGUGACCAACGCCGGUCAUGCAGGCAGCAGCAAUGCUAAACAAAAGAAAAAGAAGCAGCCUCAAGAGCAUGGCAAACAACAGCAGCAGCCUUCUCGUCGCAAAGGACGUGCUGAAUCUUUACCGGUAUCCAAGGAUACCCCCCAACAACAUGCCUUUUUUGAUCAACCAGCAAAAUUCAUCACCCUAGAAGAAACCAUUGAUCCAAUAUGCCAGUUAUCGAUCAAAGAUCGAAGCGAGAAAAAGAUCGUGCAUGGAUACGAACGAUACAUUGAAUGGAUUGGACAAUCCUUGAAGGCCUUUGAUACAGUAACCGUUGUCGGAAUGGAUAAUGCCAUUGCUGAUGUUGUAUCACUCGUCAACAUUAUGCAACAACGAGGGAUCGGAGAGCACGAAGAGGUGGAAACGUUUACUUUGCAACCUACCCCUAAACGCUAUACAAGUGGUAUCCAAGUCAAGCUACAUAGUAUAUAG